UAAAGAAAGGAAACAAACACCACAGGUGAACACGUCCGUUAUUAAAACAUCAAUUUAUAAUGAUUAUUUUUAUUUUAAGUUUUAAAAAUCGAUAUUAGGUCGUUUUUAUUUUUGUUUUCGUGUUUUGGUUUCGCCCCAGGGUCGCCAGUGUGUCUGGGGACUCCCAGGUCGUGUUCAUCAAACGCAGGCCAAAGUCCAAGAGAAGCUCUUCCCUGCGAUUCCUUGCGGCCCGAUUAGACUGGGAGACGGAAUGGAGGCUGUGCAAGUCGGAGUGAUCAGGGAUUCCAUGCUGGCUAAUCCUCUUUUAAUUAGGGUGGAUUUAGGAAGGUCGCGAUCGAGAGCCUUCACUCUACCUGGGAAAGAAUUUGUGUUCGGGAAGCCCAACGUCACCACGGAUGGGGGUGUCCCAGAAGUAAUGAGUCACUGGUCGACCCUGGUGCCCGUGACGCACUCCGACUCCAAACCCAGGAAGGCUGGCCAGGACUUCAUGGCGCUGAACCGGGAGGCGGUGAAGUCCGGUCUGGUGACGGCACACGAGCACUACCAGUUCCGCGCCACGCACAACCUCAAGCUCCGCCCCCCCAAGGUGGAGGCCCGACUGGACCACAGCCCCCCCGACAUAACCUUCGGGGUCCACACGCGCCCCUCCACCCCGAUCUUCGACCUGCUGGAGCACAGGUACCAGCAGCGCUGGCUGGAGGAAUGCCACUCUGCACAGAAGGCCAGUCAGGCCAAGCAACAGAAGAAGACUAAGCUGGGGAAGAUUUACGAGACGCGCACGUCGCUGCUCCGGCAGAGCCAGCCCAGCGUGGAGCCCCGCCCUCUCUGGCAGCUCCCACGAUUCCAGAAGGUGGGUCCUCACUUGGAAACCUUCCGGAAUCCUGAGGCGCGGAAGAAAGCCUUCAGCAGCCACUUCUCUGACUCAGUGGCCAGGUGCGGGCUCCAGGGGCAGGGCAUGUAUACCACCAGCUGAACGAGCUGGCUGGCUAAAGCAUCUGUGCAUUAUCACAUGUCCUGUAUAUUAGAAGUGGUCCAAAAUAAAAAAAAAGAAAUAA